UCGUGCGCACACAGGCCACGUUGCCGCGCGAGCGAACUGGUUAGCCCCGGUAGUACGUUAGCGUCGCCGACAGAAGUAGCUGUUUAAGGGCCUUCACGGCUGUUUGGUUCAUCAUGGCACGGUACAUGCGACCUCCCAACACGUCUCUGUUCGUCAGGAAUAUUUCAGACGAGUCCAGACCAGAGGAUCUGCGCCGUGAGUUUGGUCGCUAUGGUCCCAUUGCAGAUGUCUACAUCCCACUCGACUUCUAUUCACGACGACCAAGAGGAUUUGCAUACGUUCAGUUUGAAGAUGUCAGAGACGCUGAAGACGCCAUGCACAACCUGGACAGGAAGUGGGUGUGCGGCCGGCAGAUCGAGAUCCAGUUUGCGCAAGGAGACCGAAAAACUCCAGGUCAAAUGAAGGCGAAAGAGCGCCGCUCUCCCCGCAGUUUCCGUUAUGACGACUCUGACCGUGACGGCAGACGGAGACGCUCACGUAGCCGCAGCUAUGACAGACGGAGAUCCCACAGCCCAUCUUAUGGGAGGCGCUACAGGAGGUCUGAGAGCCCCCGAGAGUCCAGAGGAAGACCCUAUGGUAGGCGGAGUAGGAGUAGAGAGUAUGAAAGACACAGACCAUCCCGUGAUCACCAUCGGUCCCACCCAGAUGGCCAUGCCCACAGCCGAAGUCGCUCCGCCUCCCCAUCACAGCUCCACCCCAAGCCAGUGGGCCGCAGGGAGUCGGGUGGGGCACGGUCUCGCUCCCGCUCUGGCUCCAGGUCGCCGAGCCCAGUGGAGCGUGCGGCGUCCGAGCGUGCCGAGUCUAACAGCGCAGUGGCACCAGAGCCCAGAUCUCGCUCAGCCUCCCGCUCGCCCUCCCGCUCGAGGUCACGCUCGAGGUCACGCUCCUGGGCUGGACGCCAGUCUUGGGGGCAUUAAGACACCUGAGAACCAGAAGGUUGCAGGUGCAUGAGGACGAAAUGGAAAAAUGUUUCAACUUUUCGUCGUAGAUAGCUCACUGAUGCCACACAAGGACUUAAACAGUAACAGUGCGUCUCAUUUGGCUGAGUUUGGAAUGGCAUGAAGUCUUGAAGGAGAGCUGCUUCCAUGUUUGAUGUUUGUCUAUCUUUGUUUAUAGUUGCAGUUCAAAGGUGCAUCAAAAUGUUUAAAGUAAAACUUAGUUUAGGGAAAAGAUCAUAAUUUGGUCAUGAGUGUUAUCUUCCUGAAACCAGUGAGUCUCACUAUUGAUGUCGAGAAUGUUUGUGUCAUUAAAUUCACACAUUGACUUGAUGGGAGGAGAUAACAUGGCCAUCUCAACCUACUGCACCUUUUAAAACAUUUAGGAAGUUCAGAAUGAGGCUUUGGGAAAUUCCUUAUUUUUGUAUCUAACAAUGUUUUGGUUUGUACUGAGAUUUCACUUUCUUACUGUAACUUUCUAAUUGUAUUGUUUGUUCAAAGCCAGUGUACCAUGUUUGCAGCUCGGAUGUCUUUUAUUGGUGAAUAAGGGCUUUUUACAUGCCGUUGAAAUAAAAGGAAGCAUUUUAAACUGAA